AUGGAAACAAUAGGAAGACAACAAAUGCGUUCCCUGUCAAUUAUGCCACCAUUUUGGAACUAUUGCGUUCAACAGGGACGUAAAGCGAUCGUCAGGAACUCCCGGGACGCCCGACAACGGGCGAUGAACACUCGAAACGACGACCGUAAAUUCUACUGUACAGGAUUCGCCGGAACCGACUCGAUUGACCGCCGCGCCGCCGCCGCGACCGCCCGUCGAUACGACGUUCGG